UGCUCCCACGCAACAGAUGACGUCACAUUCCAGCAUUGUGACGUCCGUGAAGAACAUCCUCACCCUGAGCAACAGAAGUGGAGCUUCAGGAUGCAGACGGAGGAGCCACAGCCCUCUCACAUUAAGAUGGAAGAGGAAUACCCACUGAUCCUCCAUUUUAAAAAGGAAGAGGAACACCUAUUGAUACCCCAUUUUAAAGAGGAAGAAGAGGACCCGCUGACACCCCAUUUUAAAGAGGAAGCGCUGGAUCCACAGAGCUCUCACAUUAUGGAGGAAGAGGAGGACCCACUUACCCCUCACAUUAACUGGGAUAGUGAUGUAGGGGAAGAGAUUUCAGAAACAGAGGAUUUUUCAGAGACAGAGGACAUUGUUAUUGUUGAUCCAGAUUGUCAAUUUUCCUAUGAUGAGGAGGAUUCAGAGGACGAGUCUGCCGUUGUUCCUCCAACAGAUGAAAACCAAGGAAUGCAGCAAUCAUCAUGCACAGAGGGGACAUGGGCAUCUAAGGACGGUAAUAUAAAAUGGUCAACGUCACCACACCCAAGCCGAGGCAGACUAUCAUCUUCCAACGUGAUCCAAAUGACUCCCGGUCCCACAAGAUUUGCUGUCACACGAGUUGAUGAGAUUCAAUCCGCAUUUCAGCUCUUCAUAUCCCCACCGAUAGAGAGGAUUAUUCUGGAAAUGACCAACUUGGAGGGGAGACGUGUGUUUCGAGAGAAAUGGAAGCCACUGGAUCAGACCGACUGGCAUGCUUACAUUGGAGUUCUGCUAUUAGCUGGAGUGUACAGGUCAAAGGGAGAAGCCACUGCGAGUCUGUGGAAUGAAGAGAAUGGAAGGCCAAUCUUUCGUGCAACAAUGUCUCUGGAGACAUUCCACAUGAUAUCUCGUGUAAUCUGCUUUGACAACCGCGACACCAGAGCUGGUCGUCGUGAAAGAGACAAACUAGCCGCGAUCAGAGACGUGUGGGAUAAAUGGGUUGAGAAUUUACCUUUGUUGUACAAUCCUGGUCCCCACGUUACCGUAGAUGAGCGCCUUGUUCCAUUCAGGGGGCGCUGUCCUUUCUUACAGUACAUGCCCAAGAAGCCCGCCAAGUACGGCAUCAAAAUAUGGGCAGCCUGUGAUGCAAAAUCCAGCUAUGCAUGGAAUAUGCAAGUAUACACCGGAAAGCUACCCGGAGGAACAUCUGAGAAGAAUCAGGGGAUGCGUGUGGUGCUGGAAAUGAGUGAAGGGCUGCAAGGUCAUAACAUCACAUGUGACAAUUUCUUUACUUCCUACCGCCUUGGAGAUGAACUUCAGAAGAGAAGGCUGACCAUGUUGGGAACAGUCAGCAGAAAUAAGCCGGAACUUCCCACGGAAAUUCUGAAGAUGCGGGGCAGACCUCUGCAUUCCUCAAUAUUUGCUUUCACUGAGAAAGCAACAAUUGUUUCAUACUGCCCGAAGAGAGACAAGAAUGUUCUUGUAAUGAGUACAAUGCACACGGAGGCAUCUCUGAGCACGAGAGAAGACAUGAAGCCACAAAUGAUCCUGGAUUAUAACUCCACCAAAGGAGGAGUGGACAAUCUGGACCAAGUCACAGCAACAUACAGCUGCCAGCGCAAGACAGCCCGUUGGCCUUUGGUGAUUUUCUACAACAUUGUGGACGUGUCUGCUUACAAUGCCUAUGUCCUGUGGACUGCAAUCGACCAGAAAUGGAAUGCCGGCAAAUUGUACAGACGUCGGCUUUUCCUGGAAGAACUCGGCAAAGCGCUUGUCACUCCCAAGAUCCAGACGCGGGCCAGGCCAGCUCGAUCCCCGGCGGCUGCAGCUGUCAUUGAAAGGGUCAGACUCAGGUCACCCAACCAACAUCCAGUGGACACAGGUGGGAAGAAAAGGAAACGAUGCCAGGUGUGUCCCACCCGAGUGGACAGUAAAACAAGUACCUCUUGUGUGAAAUGCAAGAAUUACAUCUGCAGAAAGCACACAGUAACAUUCUGUCCAUCAUGUGGAGAGCAUUGAAAAUUUGGAGAACAUUGAAAAUGUUGAAGUUCGCUGGGAGGAAGUUAAAGUUAAAGUAUUUCUUAAAUAUAGUGUUGGAAUUAAACAUUUAUUGUAUGUCACUUUUUUAAAUGUGUAUAUAACCUAAAAUAAAAGUUGUAUUUACUCUAUUUGUCUUAUAAGCAUAAUAACAAGAUUGUGUUACACACACAACAAUGAUGUCACACAUGUUAUAUGUGCUGAUGUUGUUAGAAAGUCAAAGUUCAAGUUUUGACAGUUUAUUUCAAAUCCUGCAUCUUCAUUUGCUGCUGCUGUUCUCACCAGCACACUUGUGUUUCUUACACUGGGACUUAGAAGAGAAUCUUUCACCACACACACUGCAACUCAACACUUUCUCACCUGUGUGUGUGCUCAUGUGUACUGUAAGAGUGUCUAGCUUUUGUUGCAUCUUGAACAGGAGUAUGGUUUUUCACCAGAGUGCGUUCUCAUGUGUGAUUUUAAUUGCUGACUUUCUGUAUAACUUUUACCACAUACUGAACAUAUAAAAUGCUUUUCACCA